AUGAAGUCUCAAAUCCUGACAACAGGGCUGCUCGUCGCGGGCGUGAGUGCCGCCGCGACGGAGAAGAGAGCUUGCAGCGCCACGGCAGAGUGGCCUGGCUUCGCCGGCAUCAAGCACGCCUUCGUCUUCGGCGACUCCUACUCCCAAACAGGCUUCAACACCUCCCUCGCGGCCCCCUCCGCCGCCAACCCGCUCGGCAACCCGUCCUACCCCGGCUGGACCUCGUGCAACGGGCCCAACUGGGUCGACUACCUCACCGUCAAGCACAACGCCUCGCUGCUGUACACGUACAACCUCGCCUACGGCGGCGCGACCGUCGACGCGGCGCUGGUCAAGCCGUACGCCGACACAGUCCUCACGCUCAAGGACCAGGUGUCCGGGCUCUUCAACACCUCGUACGCCUCGCGCACGGCGCCCGCGUGGACCGGCGCAGACACCAUCUUCGCCUUCUGGAUCGGGGUCAACGACAUCGGCAACUCGUACUGGAACGGCGCCGACUCGACGGGUCCGCUGAACGACAAGAUCGUCGGCGUGUAUGAAGGGUUGGCUAAGGAGAUCUGGGAGGCUGGCGGGCGGAACUUUGUGUGGUUGAGCGUGCCGCCGGUGGACCGCACGCCGAUGCUGACUGCGGAGAGCGCGGACGCGCAGAAGCUUUGCAAGGAGGACGUGGCGGAUUUCAACGGCAAGAUUGCCACGAUGGCGAAGAACGCGACGGGGUGGGAGGGGGUGAAUGCGUGGGUUGUGGACGCGAACGGGGUGUUUACGGGGGCGAUUGAGGAGCCGGGCAAGUUUGCGAGUACGGCGGGGUUGAAGAAUACCACGGCGUAUUGCGAGGCGUACGAGAACGGUACUGAUGCGCAGGAUACGCUUAUUGCGAGCUGUGGGGUGCCUGUGAAUGAGUAUUUUUGGCUGAACACGCUGCAUCCUACUUAUCCCAUCCACGAUGCGGUUGCGGAGACGGUUGCGGAUGCGUUGGUUGCAGGACCGAACGUUUGCUGA